AAUGAAGAAGAUAUUACUGAUGAAGAAUACAUUACUGAAUGUGAAAUUGAAGAAGUUAUUGAAAUGGAAAAAAAUGUUAAUAUGAUAGAUAAUAUUGAAUUAACUAAAGAAUGUCGAGUUAAUAUUAUUAAAGAUGCUAUUUCAAUCUCUGGCAAAU